CGGAGUGCCGACGCGCUCGAUGAGCGGGGGCGCAGCGCGGCGCAGCGGCCGACGCCGGGUGGGCGCCGUCAGCCUCCGCUUGCCGCCGUCCGCCUCUGCUCCCCACCCUUUCCCCUGCCGCUCCGAGACCUCCCCGGGAGACUCAGGCGGUGAGUACUUAUUCUGCUGGGAAGUGGAGAACUUCUGGAUUAAAAAAUAUGCCUCCCAAGUUCAAGCGCCACCUAAAUGAUGAUGAUGUCACUGGUUCUGUGAAAAGUGAAAGGAGAAAUCUUCUGGAAGAUGAUUCAGAUGAAGAAGAGGACUUUUUUCUAAGGGGACCAUCUGGACCAAGAUUUGGACCUAGAAAUGAUAAAAUUAAGCAUGUUCAGAAUCAGGUGGAUGAAGUUAUUGAUGUCAUGCAAGAAAAUAUCACAAAGGUAAUUGAAAGAGGAGAGAGACUUGAUGAACUACAGGACAAAUCAGAAAGCUUAUCGGAUAACGCAACUGCUUUUAGCAACAGAUCCAAACAACUGCGACGGCAGAUGUGGUGGCGAGGAUGCAAGAUAAAAGUCAUCAUGGCUUUGGUUGCUGGUAUUCUCUUGUUGGUGAUCAUCAUUCUCACAGUUAUGAAAUACCGUACUUGAUUUAAUGACAGAUCUUCAUUAAACAAAAUCUGGGACAAUAAUAAUAAACUGCUGCAUAAUUUAAAUGAAACCCAUGUAUAUAACUUUCAAAACUUCUCUUUCAAGAGACUGAGCGGCACGUACCACUUCAAACCGGAGCGCCGGGGAUGUCCGGUGCCCUCUCCCCUUCUGGCAAAAUGUGCUUCUCACAGUCAUGUUCAAGGCCAGGGCAGGCAGCCUCCCUUUUGCCAUAUCCGAAGGAUCUGAUUUGAAACUGGAUACUUGCCAGUCGACUUUCGUGCCCGCAGUUAACGACACUCCCUGCUGCGGCCCCAGUGGCACCGGGCCCGGACGCGGGCCUGGACUCCGGGGGGCGGGGAAGCCGAGGCGGCCAUUCCAUCGAUGCGCGCGAGACUGUGCGCACAUUGCAGUUGCUUUGCAAAGUUUCCACUUGUUCAUGGGUGUAACAGAAGCUAAGUGUUGUCAACGCUGUUGCCUUCAGCUACAACUAAAAACAUUCCAGUAAACCUAUUUUUGACUCUAUAAA